AUGGUCACAGUCAGCCCAAGAGACGGUGAACGCUAUUACCUCAGCCUGCUUCUCUCACACGUCCGGUGCCCUAAGUCUUUUGUGGAUCUGCGAACCGUGAAUGGACGUCAGUUUGUUACAUACAGAGAGACAACCAUAGAACUUGGUCUUCUGAAUUCUGACUCAUAUAUAGAAGAAACUCUCGAAGAAGCGUGCACGCAUCAACUUCCGAUCACCUUACGAUCACUGUUUGCUAUUUUGCUUGUUUGGGGUUCUCCGGAUAACCUGAGGAAGCUAUGGGAAGCCUACAAAGACGAGCUGUCAUUUGAUUUUUGCAGAAAGUACUUGGACACUCGGAAGACCACUUUGUGCAUAGAAAAACAAACCCUGAAAAGCAUUAAUUCUUAUCUGAGACAAAUGUCCAAGAGACUAACAGAUUUUGGCUUCAAAGCUUCAGAGUACGAUGUCGAAGACGAGCCUAACUGGACCAGAGAAGAUGAGGCAGAGAGGGAUUUUAGAGUUUCACCUGAGGAGACAUGCCUCCAUGAACGGCUGAAUGACGACCGGCGAAAAGCAUAUGACCUGAUUGUUGAAGCAAUAUAUUCUAACAAUGCACGUUCAUUUUUUCUAGACGGACCAGGUGGAACUGGGAAAACUUUCCUCUACCGGGCCCUAUUAGCGACUGUGAGAUCUAAAGGCCAUAUUGCAGCAUCAGCCCUACCUGGGGGACAAACUGCGCAUUCGCGUUUCAAACUCCCUGUGGAUGACAAAGAAGGAUCCACAUGCCAGUUGAGCAAACAGAUUAGUGUCGCAAAACUGAUAAUCGAUUCCAAACUAAUAGUUUGGGAUGAAGCAUCAAUGGCAAAGAGAGCGCUGUUGGAAUCAUUUGAUAUUGUGUUGAAAGACUUGAUGAGCUCCCAAAAAUCAUUUGGCGGCAAAGUAGUGGUCUUCGGUGGAGAUUUCCGACAAACACUACCUGUUAUUCCUAACUCCUCAAGACAGGACACAGUCGAAGCCUGCAUUAUAAAUUCCUACCUGUGGCCUACAAUCCCAACAAACUCACAAUAA